CGGCGAUAGUACUAUUACAUCAGCGGAGCAACUUUGCGACGUUUCUGUGGAGCGCAAGUAGCCGGACGGUGAAGUGCGGAAACCCCGAUGCAGAAAAACCAAAAAAUGCGGGAGAACCUGUCUGUAUACAGUAGAACCCGAUGCAGGGGACUCAAAAAUGCAGGACAAACUCUAUCCAGGAAAAUCCCAGUGCGGAAGAUGCUCAAUGCAGGAGAAUCCCUGCACAGGAGGAGACCCUCGGGGCAGUAGAAUCCAAAAAAAAGUAGGAGAACCUCAGUGAAGGACGACCACAGUAUAGGAGGAUCUCAUCGUAGAAGAACCCCAGUGCAGGACCAUGUCAGUACAGCAGAACCCCAGUCCAGGAGAAACCUAGUCGCGAACUUCGCUACGUCUGGGCCCGCGACACGGUCGGGCACGCGACACGCCCGUUCGCGAGCCACACGAAAAAAAGGCGCGCAUUUCUCAACCGCCGCCAGCGCGAGCGCACCGUCCGAACUGCCUCACUUCAUGUGAAAGAUACCCAGAGUUCUCCAUUACCUUUGUUGCCCUGUGGAUCGUUGAAACUGGACCUCAUCUUUUAAGCUAUUCUUUCUCCCGACCCUGCAGUGCAAAGCAUAACAUAAGAUUUUUGUUGCGAUGGAAAACUUUGAUCUUACAGAAACUCCCCUUAACAAUUAUUUAUGUGAAAAAGACUGUGAGACAUUAUUUACUAAACGAGCAAGAGUAAGCAGUGGUCUAGAAAAUGAAUAUCUUGCAACUGAAAAAUGUUUUGAAUGUAGCAGUGCUUCACAAAAUUUCAUAGAAACUUUGAAUACAAAGGCAAUCGGAGGCACUCCCGAGGAAGAAUUCCUAAAACUGCAGAGUUUAGAAGGUGGAGCAACUGGAGAUCAGCAUGCAAUGCAGAAAGAUAUUAAAUGCCCAGCAAAUACUGAAUCAGAAGACUUUACUGAAUGGGAUUUGACUCAAAGAAAAGAACAGCCAGUCACAGUAUUAUGUGUAGAAAGUGGCGUUAAAUGUUUGCUUAGAGAAAAUCUGGGUCAGGAAGGGCAAACACAAGGUCUUGAGAGUGAUGGGGACACAUCUCUUGUUUUUCACCUCGGAGGUGAUACAGGCGGUCCAUCACUAAUAGGUGAUAUGCAGAGGUAUUUACUGGAUUCCGAAAUGCCUGAUGUUGAAGAGGGAUCUAAAGACAACUGUGCUGAUCUAAACACAGUUACACAGUGGAGGACAGGUUCUGGAAACAGUGCUGAGACAGUGGACUGUGCUUUUGGAAAUACCACUGUGGAUGCAGCCCAACCAAGUUUGGACAAGACACCUUCAGUGAGUCAAGAUGCCAAUAAUGACAAUGAGCAUGAUGCAGAUCACGGUAGGAGCAGUGAAAAGAUGCCAGAGGUUGGUAUCUUGCUUACUGACCGUACAAACUCUUUGUCACAGUGUAAUGAGAAAAAUACCCCUUACGAUGUUACAAAAAUGGAAAAGAAUGAAAAGCAACAUGAAGGAAACAGAACAUCACUGAAGGUUGAUAAAAAACAUGGCAUGGAAGUCUGCAGAAUGGAAGAAAAAGCUAACAGCAUGCAUACUGAGUGUGCUAUACCUGAAAUGAUUGUAUAUAUCAAUGACCCUGUUGAUGCUAAAUCAAAAAAUAAUUUAGGGAGCAAUCUAGCCAGAAACAAUAUGGAGCUACAUCAUAUUCUCAGUGUAUCAGCAAGGGAGAAUCCAUUUUGUAAAGCUGCUGAAAAUUCUCGAUGUGAAGAAUACAUGGCUGGUAGAGGGCAGGAAAAGGACAGUUCAAAAACAGCAGCUGAUGUGAGGAAGGUGUCCAUUGUAACUGAGGCUGAUGUUGGCAGUGAAUCCAACAGAAUGGGACAAUCCAAACACAUUGCAACAAGGUCUGACACACAAAGGCUAGGGAAGCAAUCUGUAAAAAUAUUAGAAAAAAUAAACAGAAAUCAGCGAGACAGAUGUGAAGAAAGACACGGGAGGGAACAUGAUGAAGUUACAGAUGAUUCCUCUGUCGCCAUUUAUUACAGCAAAUAUAAACUGGAUGAAUUUCCUGUUACAAAGAGUGAUGUACUCACAGACAGCUCACUUCCAGUGAUGCUACAGGAAGAUGAAACGAUUGUAGAAGAUGGAAAGAAGAGUCUGAACAAUACACUAAUAGCCAACAUACAGUAUGGUGCCACGCAGAUUGGGGCAGAAGAUUUAAAUGAAAAUGUACACACAGAUACUCAUAUUGCUGAACAACAUUGCCCUGCCAGAGAUGAAACUGAAAUAGAAAACAGUGAAGAGCAUAGCUGUAAGAAAUUUUCCCCAAAAAGCACUUCUUUCUCUGUAAAUUAUAUAAAACUUUCAGAUGGAAAUAGUGUAGAAAUAGACAUUAGAUGUCCUUAUAGCAGUACAGUUUCCAGCAAACCUAUCCAUCAUGAGAGUAACUCUGACAGCACAGUAUCUCUUUUGAAUAAUCAGACAGGAAAACAAAUAGAAUGUUAUUCCAGUAAUACAGCUUUACAUACCGGGUUAGAAAACCCAAAUCAGGAACAAAUUUGUAGUAUCACUUCAAACAAACCUUCAAAGGAACUACCGAAUUUAUGCAACAUUGAAACUGUUACUGCUGCACAGAGUGAUGCUUGGAUUGAAAAAGACGUUCAUGAACAGCAAGAGAAAGUGCUAAAUGAAGAGGUCAAAGAGAGUAUGUCAGCAAAUAGCCGUGUUGAGGUAACUCAAGCAAUUGUCCCUGAAGGGAACUAUUUAUCUGAUGCCUUUCUGCCCAGUGAUGCAGUUGUGCCUCAGUGCAACUCUGAUCCGGUGGAUGAACAAGUCGGGGACAAAAAAGAAAAUGCUGCUCAGUCACCUCUUCCCUUCAUUCCUCACCCUGCUCCUGUAGCUCUGGACACUUUUGAAAAAAUUCAGCUGAUUCCUGAGGCAGAACUUGAAUGCAGUUUUCUUCUGAAUCCUAUUCCAAGUAGGAUAUUUAUGUCAGAGUCAAAUUCAGAUAUUAUGGAACCUUUGAAUGAGUCCAAACUGAUUCAACUAUCAAAUGAGCAAACUUUAGGUUGCUGCAGCACCAGUAAGCUAUUUACUGAAAAUAAAUGCCUUGAAGUUCGUUCUGGACACAGGUUUGCCCUUUGUAACAGCAGAAAUCAGAUGCACUCUAGUUACAGUGCCUGGGAUGAGAAGUAUAUUAACAAUGUUGUUUAUGGUAUGAAACAAGAGAAUCAGAUACCCUUAUAUUCACAACUUACUGCAACAGAAUGUUCUCAGGAGGCAGAGAAUUCAGUGGUCACUGCUGGUGGAAGUCCACCACAGAAUGUUUUACCUGAAGUCAAACAAUUCCCCUUAGAACUGACAGAAAAAAAAGGCAUCUGCACUUCAGAUGCAGAGGACAGAAACAUGUCUACUCUUGAAGUAAAACAGAAGUUUAACUUGGUACUUGAGGAGCUGCGUCUAUUUCAAGAAAUAAGUUCAGAAGCCGAAAAACUGCCUAGACACACAGAGUUUGCAACAAUGGCAAACACCAACCCUGAUGGGGAAAAUUCUGAUUUUGGUACUGGAUAUAUGAGAACUUCAAAAACACAACAUGAUGGCAUUCAUAAAGGUUUACAUUGCUCUAUGAUGGGAACUGUUACAGAAUGUUCAGAGAAUAAAAACAACAGUAGAAGUUCUGAAAGUGAGCAGGAAGUGCCUUUGGAAUGUGGUCACAUGGCAAUAGAGGUGGAAGAUUCAAUGUACUCUGCUGUCAAACAGAAAGAUGGGUGUAGAGAUACUUUGAAUGGAUGUAAAAACUGGACACCUGCUUUCUCAUUCUCUCCCUCCUUUGUUGGACAAAAUGAAGGACUAGCUGAGCAUCCUAGAAGACUGGAACCUUUAAAAACAUGCAGUCGUCCUAUAAGAGUUGGACUUUCCAAAAGAGCCAGACCCAAGCAGCUUCAUCGAUACCUCAAGCGAGGGUAUCAGACAUAAACACCAAGGCCUUGUUAAGCUUGGUCCUGAAA